CAGAUUACUUUAUGGCUAAACAAAAUAUAUGAGAAUCAGCCUAUUCCACAGUAUGAAGUGAAUGCAAGGACAGUUGAUAUCUUGUAUGACCUUGUAGAAUGCAGUGAAGCCAGAGACAGGGAUGCUUCCUUGCUGAUAGAGGACAUGAAGCAGAGGGCGGCAGAAUAUGAAGCAGAAGCUAACUAUCUACAGGGCCUUCUUGCAGAAAGCUUGGAUCUUUCACUGUCUGUCACAGGCAUCAGCAACCUCGAUGUCCUGGUGAACAGUGCAAUGGCACUUGAAACAAAGGACACUUCUCUUGCCAGCUUCUUCGGUGCCAUCAAUGAUAUGACAUUGGAGAUGUACACAACAGAAUCCAAAAACAGAGAAAUGAAACUGGAAUUGGCCAACAUUGGGAAAAAACUAACUGCAGCGUUGAUGCUGGAAGAGCAGUUAAAGCAGGAUCUUAAAACAACAGAGGAACUUCUGCAAGUAGCAGAGGACAAAGCUCGGAGCCAAGACCAGACAGUGAAGUUCCUGAACGAGAAAUGUUCAGAUUUAAAAGACAGAAUCAAGGUUGCUGAGGAGCAGCUUUCUGCCAUGAGGUUGGACCAGUCGCUGACACACGAGUCACUCGUGAGCCUGUCUGAGGAACUGGCCAGACUGCAGGAAGAAAUUGUGCCUUUGAAGAAGCAACUGGAGUUCUACCUAGAUUUAACUCCUAAUCCUUUACUUGCACAAGUGAAGAUUGAAGAAGUAAAACGAGAACUGGAUGCCUUGGAGGCAGAGUUCUCAGAGGAGGUUGAUGUGCUGAGUCUUGAGAUGGCAAAGUCCAGCAAGUUCCCCUGA